GUUUAGACAAUGAACUGAGAUUAGACCGGAUUUACAUGUAAAGAACUUGGUGGCCACGAAUGCGUUCACUUGCUAAGAAAUAGAUCUUCAAUUCGUUGUUGCAGAUAGAGUGAAACAGCAUUGUAGCAGGAAGACUGGCAAGACGAAAAUGCGUACGAUUACAACCUGGAGAGAUGCUUUUGAACCUUGUCAGUAUUUUUACUAAGACUAAUGAUCGUUCAAUGUCUGCGUUUCUGUGACAUUCUUUGCAGCCGAAUCAACGUGCUAGUGUAGACAUUUUCAUGUUGUACCAAUGACAUUAUCGGAUAAUAUAUCUAUGUGAGAAGACCCGUGCUGUGAACACUGGAUAUUGGAAAAGUAACGAGAAUUAUUAGAGUCAAUAGUAGAAAUUCUUGUGAAAUUCUCAAGGACUUGAGCUUUUCUAGGUAAAGUGGUGAAGUGAACGAGCCCGCUUCUGAUCUCUCUGAAAGACAUCGUCUUCAAAUGAAACAUGAAAACGCUCACUUCUGACGAUCACAACGAAUUACGGAAAUAUAUAAAGGGGGAAAUGGGAAAGGAAAGAUUAAAGAAAAUGCUGAAAUAAAAAUGAGAGUGCUUCUCUAACUGUAAGUUUGCGGCAACUUGAACGAAUGUAAAUUGAAAUGACACCGGUUGGAAAUACAGUGUCUACCUGACUUACUCAGGUAGAUCUCUCCUUCCACCAAACUUGACUUGUCCAAUCAGAAGGAGAGGCUGGGCGCGAAGAGGCCAAAGAAGUCGGGAAGAUCGCCAGAGAACAAAACUCUAAAGGAAGACUAAACCAGAUGAUACCAACGCUAAAGAACGAUAGGAACAACUACCUGCUGGAAGACAACGCACGAAGAGUAAUGACAACAGACACUAAACGUCCGUGACUGGCGUUGCCACUGAACGAGACCGUUGGUGAGCGUUAACUGCUGCUGGAAUUCGACCAACCCUUCAUGAAAUCGUCUAGGACUCUUGGUGUAACAGAACGAGGCCUGUCACAAAAGCGUCCACGAUCGCGGCUGCAACUAAACGACUGAACGAAGCUCGCUACGCAGUAACUGGACUUCUUAGACCGAUAUGGGACGUCAUUCGAGUAGUGUCAUCUGAGGUCAUUAUGCUUGACCUGAGAGACCCUAUGGCACCCCGACGAUGCAGAGGGCCAAAGCCAGUCCCGAAGUUACUUCUCAGCUUCAAAAUUUGUUCCUGUCGCUUCUGACCUCCGAUGGGUCUGAAAAGCCCAAUCACAAAAUCGAAAAGUUAAUGAAUUUGCUGUCUGACUUGCGCAGCAAGAUGAAUUACGAUCGCAACGAAGGCUUCAUGCACGGUGACGUCACUGGAGUGCCCCCGGGGGAUUCUUUCCCACCUUUGAGAACGUUCGAGAACUUCAAUGGCACGAUCCCGAAUACUUACAACCCGGGACCGACGUUGUCCCCAUCAUCCAAAACACUGCUGGAACUGCCGGACGACAACCUGACACUCGAAGGGCGAGCCAAGAGGCUCAACUUGACGCUGCUCAAUCUGGGACUCUCUCCGGUCUUCCCGAGUCUGGAGGCUGUGUCGAAGGACAUCCAGGCCUUCCUCAUCUUCAUCUACUCCCUGGCCGCUGUGCUGAGUCUGGUGGGAAACAUCACCGUUAUCCUCGUCUUAGCCUUCGGCAGGAGGUCUUCGGUGCGGUGUUACCUCAUCAACCUGGCGAUUGCAGACAUCAACAUGGCCACCUUCUGCAUCCCCUUCUCUUACACAAGUUUUAUGUUUCACCGGUGGAUCUUCGCCCCAGAAUUCUGCAGAAUUGUAGCCUUCAUGCAACACGUGUCCGUGACAUGCAGUGUUUACACUCUUGUGGCCAUAGGGGUUGACAGGUACAAGGCUCUAAUUCAUCCGCUCAACAACAGGUGGACAAAGUCUCGCUCUCGGUACGUCAUCGGGGGCAUCUGGGUCUUCUCUUUGGUCAUCUCUCUUGUGCCUCUGGUCAUCUCGGAUACUCAGCGCUUCGACUGGGACGGGGAAUGGUACUACGAGUGCAAGGAGAACUGGCCCCACACGCCCAACGAACUCUACGAGAAGACUUAUACUGUCCUGCUGUUUGUGCUGACCUUUGCCCUGCCAGUGGCGGGCCUAGGUUAUACGUACCUGUCCAUCGUGGGCAUGAUGUGCUCCUACAAAAUGCCCGGCAACGCGGAACCAUCCAGGGAUCAACAGCACUUACAAGCAAAAGUUAAGGUGAUCAACAUGAUGAUCACCGUCAUGGUAUGCUUCGUCCUGUGCUGGUUCCCACUGCAGGUGCUUCAGUUCCUGAUCUACUUCGCUCCGGAGAUCACGACUUGCAGGGGCAACGCCUGCUUCACCUACUACAUGAGCUUCUUCGCCUGCCACUGGCUGGCCAUGGCCAACUCCUUCAUGAACCCGUUCAUCUACUGCUUCAUGAGCAAGAACUUCAGGGAGGACCUCCUGCAGUUCAUCAGGAAAUGCAACCGUAAACGAAUACGCAGAACCAGGUCAAACAAGUUCAGCAGAAGUGAUCUUGGGUCAUCUUUUAGGUCGAUCCUGUACAUCACUCACAAGACCUCAGUGCAAAGCUCAACGAAAACAAGUUUCCGGGCGAAGAGCGACAGAUCUCGGGAGGCCGAGAUCUUUGAACUGAGAUCCCUCCAGGAUAAACAGGAGGAAUCACCCUCUACGAGGAGAUUUUUCAUCCGUACAAGCAAAUCGUCAACGAGAAAGGACUACCAGAGAAAACUGGGUGAGUCGGCCCUUUGCUUCAAAGACGCUCUGCCGGGCAUCUACAGCAGCCCAGGAAGCUCAACGAACUCCAACUUCCACUGCAGCAACCACCUAAGACAGCAUCGCCUCAGCUACAAGAGUCAAGGCGGGGCUUAUCACGCGAUGACUCUCAGCUUCCAAAACAAGUCUGCGAGUCACAACAGCCCAGGUGUGGCGACUCAGAGAGACUGUUCAUCAACGUGCCACCAAACACUAGCCGUCAUGGAUCCCAUGGAACUGACGGCUGCCAUGGUGCACGAUGGGAUUUCCAGCGAAAUCCCUUGCAGUCACUCGUUGACUCUCCCUACUUCUCCAUCUCUGGAGUCCGGUGGUCCGUUGCCCAGGGUGAGGCAAAAUGUUCCGCUGUCAACGUCUUGUAACGAGCUACCGGUGCCAAUGAACGGUAGUGACCUCUCCCCAGUGACUCUAGACGUAAGGAACUCUGAAAACCUACAAGAUGACGUUUUUGAGGAUGGCACCGUUAGAAAUCUCGACAGAGCACAAGUCUCAAAGCUCACUGACUCACUCAAAGCUUCACGGGUUUCACUGUAAACCUUUUUGGCCGUUCGCACCAGACCAUGAAUAAAUGUUGUCAAGUUUUAGUAAUGAUGGAGUGUUUACAAUGCGUAAUUUGUGCUGUUUCUGUGCACGUUUUACAAUCUCUGAGAAGGAUUACCUUGUAUAUCUGUGUUUGUUUUUUCUGUAAUGUGGGGUACGUCUGUGCACAAGUGUUGCUAGCUCACGAAUUUUACUCAGAUCUUGAGUGACAUUUAUAAGAAAUGCUCGUGAUCUUCAUUAGAAAUGCCGUUCAUUGCACAAAGUUCCUGUUGAAUGGUAUAUUAUUCGAAAAUUUCAAAAGUUCGUGUCAGUUACUAAAGAAUAAAUAGUAUCCGGAUAAUAUGGAACAUACAUACAUACACAUAUAUACAAGAAACACGUCCCUUACUAGAUCAUUCUAGAUAAUUCUCAAUCUCCCCAACUUCACACUGCAAAGAAAAUAUCCUGUAGAAAUAAACCCGGUAAAACAGUUGGUCCAACUUGUUGAGUUAACGGUCAUUCAAUAAUUAUUUCAAGUCCAACUCAGCCUCUCGAACCAACAAGAUUAACACCAACGUCAUCCUACAUCUUUAGUAAGAUAUUAAGUAAAUAAUCAGACACAGAUAAUUCCCGAAUUCUAUCUGAAGGUAUGGUAGGAUCCUUUAAUAAUCUAGUACAAAUAUUGAUCAGAACCGUUAAGUAACGCAAUUCCUACCCAACUAAGUAUAUACAUGCAUACAUGCAAAUAUCAUCACGCUCACAGUCAGUAUCUCCUGGGUUCCACAACAUAAAACACUCAAAAAGCCGAUACAUUCUGGAUACUGUCAACCGGACAGCAAAAAAACUGGUCAAGUGAUCACGAUACUAUGCUUAGUUACGUAACAUAUUGAAAGAAUACUGAUGAAGAAGUAAUAAGCAGGAAUGAAGACCUGCUUGAAGCAAUGAAGCAAGAAGAGUCAGAGCACAAAUCGAAGAGAGUGGAAAGGAUUGCUAUCAGGAAGUGUCGCUCAGACACCCAGCGCCAGUGCCACGUUUACACAACGUCACAUAUAUGAACACGUUAACACAAUGUCACAUGUAGGAACACGUUGACACAAUGUCACAUAUAUGAACACGUUUACACAAUGUCACAUAUAGGAACACGUUGACACAAUGUCACAUAUAUGAACACGUUGACACAAUGUCACAUGUAGGAACACGUUGACACAAUGUCACAUAUAUGAACACGUUGACACAAUGUCACAUAUAGGAAC